AUGAGGCCAAAAGAGGAGUGGCUGAGAGACAGGUCAAUGUCAGGUCAGCUCUGCCUGUCUUCAUCAAGCUGGUCGCUAGCCAGCAUGGCAUGUGGUGACAUACAACAGCUAACAGCCUCUCAUGUAGGCUACACAUGACUCAGAACUUAGGAAGCUGACCAUAACCACAAGAUGUUAUUAACUGUCUGUGAUGUUGUUCUUUACCCACAGACUUACAGAUGUAGGAUCUUAGUUUGUUCACCCUGUUGCAGGAGAACUUUCCUGCAAUGAAGGACAUUUAAAAGUUGUGGAUUACUGAAGUUUGUCAUUUCCACUUUGAUAUUUCAGACUUGAUUUUCCCUUACGAAAAAUUUAUCAACCCCUACACAAAUGUCCAUGAAUUAUAAUCCACAUAAUAAUAAUAAUAAUAAUAAUAAUAAUAAUAAUAAUAAUAAUAAUAAAAAUUUCCCUUUGCUGCAGGAUUAAUUUCCUGCUGUAGCAAACUGGCUCAAAUUAAGAUCCUACAUCUGUACACGCAAAAAGACAAAGGUGAACCUACAGUCAUGAGUUUUUAGUAAUCAUUCUCUUAGAGGAGAAUAGGAAGAUUUUGUUUCUUUAAGAUCUUCAUUUUACCCCUCACAAAUCAGAUCAUCUUUCCCUGGACGUUGACUGCGUAGCUACAGUAUCCUUCCUUACCUAAAAGUAUUUAUUUCUCCUCAUCUGCCGUCGCCACGGGAACUGACAAAGAUGUACCAUCUGUCUCUUGUACCUCAUGCAGGGCCACUGUUUAUACAUCAAGGUCAGGGGAGUGGGCCACGGAUGCUCCUCUUGGCGAGGGAGACAGUCUCUGUCGUUCUCUCUCUCUCUGUGCCCAUGCCAUCUACUAGGUAACCAGCACGGUCCAUUUCCAUGCAGCAUAUGGCUGCUGUUGAUAAAGCAGGAGUAGUCUGUUAGAAGGACCUGGGGGCCUUGCCAGGUUUCCCUGGACCUCAGUCGGUAGCGCUGGUAGUUGGUUGAGCGUGAGUGGGCGUUUGUGUUUCCAGUCGUUCAUCUUGUGUGAUAGGCAGGGAGAGGAUGGUGAGUGUUGUAACUCUUGACUGAUAUGGAUAGCCCUAGAUAAGGACAGUGAGAGCCAGGUGGGCAGCAUUCCUCAGCUUCUUGUUAGGGCCUGCUUGUUAGCCGAACAUCAAAGCCAACGUCUUCGCUAACUGGGAAACGGAGGGUUUAAUUCAUUCUGUCCUUGACAUAGUUUGAGGUGAGACAGCUUUUCUGUUAUACAGUGUGAUGUGCAUGUUGAAUACCUCAUGUUGACUGUCCCAUAAUAUAUUACACUGCACCUGUGCUACUACACAUCAAGAUAAUUUACAACCACCCACACCCACGGCAUUAACUCAAUUUGAUGGAUAAUGUGUAUUGUACUGUUGUGCAUGCAACACUUAAUAUGAUUGACUAUGAAUUCUAACAGCAAAUAUUGUAUAAAUAUUGCUCAUAAUUAAACAUUGCACAUUUGUCCUUGUCCUCAGCGGGUGGAGUGUCUGCUCUGGGAGUGUACACCAUCCUGUUCCUGAAGCUCUACUCCUACAAAGAUGUGAACAAGUGGUGUAGAGAGAUGAGCCAUGCUAAAGCCCGAAGCCUGGCCCGCUCCCUCUCAUGUAAGUCCUCCACGGUCCUCUAUGCCCCCUACCAGCAACUGGGCAACGACAGCACUGCUACUCUUUAACUACUUCGGAUGUGCUGCUUUUGCUAUCGAUAUGGCUCAGGCUUUCUGGGCUUUUCACUGCUUCGGAUUUUACUGAUACUUCUGUUCUUGAGGUUUGUGCGGUGUGAGGGAGAUUUUUCAAAUACUUUAUAUUUGAUUGAGUCUGCCUGGAGUGCCAGAUGGGCGGAGUAUGUACUUUUGGGACUAUUCCUUUUUAUCCAUUGCGCCAGGCAAUCAAGUAUUUGAAAGAAAACUAAUAUUGUUAUACCAGGUUUGCUUUCAACCUUCGCCCUCUCAGCUCUUCAGUGACGACUCCCAGAGUUGCUUUGCCUAGAGAGUUUGUGUCACCUGGAUUCUACACUGACCUUUGACUAAUAAUAAAGGGCUUAAUGAGGUUUCUGACUGGCCUCCACGGAAAUGGCAACUGUUAUCUCAUUUUUCGUAGGCGGCAAUGCUGGGUGUUUGUAUAUGUACCCUUAAUGGAAACCGUUUUCCUGUUGGUGAAAACUUGUGAUAUUUUACCCUCUACACAUAAAAUUUAACACACACACAUACAAUACUACUAUCCACAUCGCUCCUUAACUGCUGCACUGCCACCUGCUGGUUGACUGUAGACAUGAAGCCGUUCUUUAAGUAGAGUGACUGUGAGAAUCAUACAUGUUUAAUUGCUGACUCUCCUCUACAGGUUCCUCUAUACCGCAGUCUAAGGGAAGUGGAGUGGACUAUCAGGUCUCCUACCCUGGAAAUCUGACCCUCAGAGGUCAGUAGAAGUUGACCAUUCCAUCCCAGGUAGACUCAGACCUGGGUUCAAAUACAAUUUUCAGGUACACAUAUUUGAACCCAGGUCUGGGUAGACCCCACUCUUACUACUGCUGCCUCAACCUAUCCUGCUGUAGCAUACCCUACUCUUAUCACUGCUGCCUCAACCUAUCCUGCUGUAGCAGACCCUACUCUUAUCACUGCUGCCUCAACCUAUCCUGCUGUAGCAGACCCUACUCUUAUCACUGCUGCCUCAACCUAUCCUACUGUAGCAGACCCCACUCAUAUCACUGCUGACUCAACCUAUCCUGCUGUAGCAGACCCUACUCUUAUCACUGCUGCCUCAAACUAUCCUGCUGUAGCAGACCCCACUCAUAUCACUGCUGCCUCAACCUAUCCUGCUGUAGCAGACCCUACUCUUAUCACUGCUGCCUCAACCUAUCCUGCUGUAGCAGAACCCCACUCAUAUCACUGUCCUGCCUCAACCUAUUCCUGCUGUAGCAGACCCCACUAUUAUCACUGCUGCGCAACCUAUCCCUGCUGUAGGCAGACCCCACUCUUAUCACUGCUGCCUCAACCUAUCCUGCUGUAGCAGACCCCACUCUUAUCACUUGCCUGCCGUCAACCUAUCCCUGCUGUACAGACCCUACUGGAGCUGUAUCAAACUGGUAAACAUACUCCUGCUGUAGCCUUCUACUGGAGCUCCUUCACUCAGACUAUCGCAUCCUCUCCAACUUCUAUCUUUCCUCUAUCGCCUCUCCUCUCUCUCUCUCUUUUUCUCUUUCUCCCUCUCUCUCAACCCAUUGUGUUUUUAGAUUUAUAUUAUUUUGUUUUUGCACCAACCCUCUGCUAUGAAUUAAACUUCCCCCGGUCUCCACGGAUUCGAAUGAGCUUCCUGCUGAGGAGGCUUUUUGAGAUGGUGAGUUCUGUCCCCAAUCAUCCUUUAUGCAUUGGUUUGUUAAUAUGCUGCUUUAUACUCUGUAAACUAGACUGAACAGUUGAUGUGUCAUGGUUCUGUCCUAUUGAUUAUUUUAUGGGUAUAUAAGAGGAGGUACAACUUCCUGUUUAGCCCCAUGUGAAGGAGCACAUUAUAGAAAUACAGUUACAUAAUAAGAUCUAUUCUCUUCAAUACAAUCUGACACAAUCAUCUACAGCAAACAUGGAUACAACAGAUAUAAGUAGCUUAUUUAACAAUGUCAACUUCCAUUGUGAAUUUCUCUGAACCCCCAUUAGAAGAUUAGCUUGGCUUAUUGGUCUACUGUGGAGAUGUGCACUCUGGUCCCAAGACUUAUCCAAAGCUAAAAGGCAGACAGCGUUUUUCCUGCACACACACACACACACACACACACACACACACACACACACACACACACACACACACACACACACACACACACACACACACUCAGACACACACACACACACACACACACACACACACACACACACAGACACUCAAUUAUUGCUAUUUUGUUUGAUUUAGAGGAGAAAUGCUAAGUAAACAAGUAAUCUCUCUUCCCAGCUGUUCUUCACCCAGUUAUUGGUCGGAUUAACACAGCAGGUAUGUUUUCUACUGACACUGACUUACAGUGGGGGAAAAAAGUAUUUAGUCAACCACCAAUUGUGCAAGUUCUCCCACUUAAAAAGAUGAGAGAGGCCUGUAAUUUUCAUCAUAGGUACAUGAAUUUUUUUUCUCCAGAAAAUCACAUUGUAGGAUUUUUAAUGAAUUUAUUUGCAAAUUAUGGUGGAAAAUAAGUAUUUGGUCAAUAACAAAAGUUUCUCAAUACUUUGUUAUAUACGCUUUGUUGGCAAUGACACAGGUCAAACGUUUUCUGUAAGUCUUCACAAGGUUUUCACACACUGUUGCUGGUAUUUUGGCCCAUUCCUCCAUGCAGAUCUCCUCUAGAGCAGUGAUGUUUUGGGGCUGUCGCUGGGCAACACGGACAUUCAGCUCCCUCCAAAGAUUGUCUAUGGGGUUGAGAUCUGGAGACUGGCUAGGCCACUCCAGGACCUUGAAAUGCUUCUUACGAAGCCACUCCUUCGUUGCCCGGGCGGUGUGUUUGGGAUCAUUGUCAUGCUGAAAGACCCAGCCACGUUUCAUCUUCAAUGCCCUUGCUGAUGGAAGGAGGUUUUCACUCAAAAUCUCACGAUACAUGGCCCCAUUCAUUCUUUCCUUUACACGGAUCAGUCGUCCUGGUCCCUUUGCAGAAAAACAGCCCCAAAGCAUGAUGUUUCCACCCCCAUGCUUCACAGUAGGUAUGGUGUUCUUUGGAUGCAACUCAGCAUUCUUUGUCCUCCAAACACGACGAGUUGAGUUUUUACCAAAAAGUUAUAUUUUGGUGUCAUCUGACCAUAUGACAUUCUCCCAAUCCUCUUCUGGAUCAUCCAAAUACACUCUAGCAAACUUCAGACGGGCCUGGACAUGUACUGGCUUAAGCAGGGGGACACGUCUUGCACUGCAGGAUUUGAGUCCCUGGCGGCGUAGUGUGUUACUGAUGGUAGGCUUUGUUACUUUGGUCCCAGCUCUCUGCAGGUCAUUCACUAGGUCCCCCCGUGUGGUUCUGGGAUUUUUGCUCACCGUUCUUGUGAUCAUUUUGACCCCACGGGGUGAGAUCUUGCGUGGAGCCCCAGAUCGAGGGAGAUUAUCAGUGGUCUUGUAUGUCUUCCAUUUCCUAAUAAUUGCUCCCACAGUUGAUUUCUUCAAACCAAGCUGCUUACCUAUUGCAGAUUCAGUCUUCCCAGCCUGGUGCAGGUCUACAAUUUUGUUUCUGGUGUCCUUUGACAGCUCUUUGGUCUUGGCCAUAGUGGAGUUUGGAGUGUGACUGUUUGAGGUUGUGGACAGGUGUCUUUUAUACUGAUAACAAGUUCAAACAGGUGCCAUUAAUACAGGUAACGAGUGGAGGACAGAGGAGCUUCUUAAAGAAGAAGGUACAGGUCUGUGAGAGCCAGAAAUCUUGCUUGUUUGUAGGUGACCAAAUACUUAUUUUCCACCAUAAUUUGCAAAUAAAUUCAUAAAAAAUCCUACAAUGUGAUAUUCUGGAUUUUUUUUCUCAAUUUGUCUGUCAUAGUUGACGUGUACCUAUGAUGAAAAUUACAGGCCUCUCUCAUCUUUUUAAGUGGGAGAACUUGCACAAUUGGUGGCUGACUAAAUACUUUUUUCCCCCACUGUACAUAGUGUGACAACAUGCAUCUAUUGAGAAUAAGCAGUGCAUGUCAUUGUAUUGAUGAUUUGUGCUGUCUCUUAUUCUCCUCCAGUGGAUGAUACCCAUAAUUCAGAGUUCUAUGAAGCCGUUGGAGGUAAAGUAGGAUUACUGGUACAUUUAUCAUUUUCAUUUAAAGCAUUUUUACUAUUUUCCUCUAUCAAUACAAUCGCUCUUUCUUCAUUGAUCCUGAUCCUGUAGGAUAUGGACCUCCCAAUGAUGAUGGAGCGUCUACUCAGACUAGCCGUAAGUACACAAGAGAACACAGUGGUAUUGUGGUCAUGGUAACAUGAUUCAUAGUACCCUUGGGCCUUGAGAGAUAUGACAUAUACAUAGUAUUGGACAGUUCUGUUGUUCUGUUGUUGUUUUAUGUUGUCCUGGAUACAAACAGUAUUAUUUCCCUGUCCUCUCUGUCCCAUCAGGUGCCCAAUCAUUUUCUCUGGUUGAUAUUCUUCUACUGGUUCUUCCACUCCUCCUUGAACUUUAUGGCUGAGCUCCUGCAGUUUGGAGACAGAGAGUUUUACAGAGACUGGUGGUAGGUGAAAUGAAUACGGUCUAUUUUGUUACGUUGCAUUGUUUAUUGCCAGUAUGUUACUAAGAGGGAGAAGUGAUCAUUUCAGAUGUACAAAAGCAAAAUGUCGAUAUCAUGUACUACUGUAAAAUACAUCACUUCACAUGACUAUGAGACUUUUCCCUUUCUUGAAGGAACGCUGAGACCAUCACAUACUUUUGGCAAAACUGGAAUAUUCCAGUACACAAGUGGUGCCUUCGGUGAGUAGAUGCAAUGCAUUCUACACAUAAUAUAUAUAACAUUGAGAUCCUAUAAAUUAUUCUAUAGUAUGGAAUCAGUGUAAUGGAGGUUAAUACUGAGCAGAAAUGUAUUGGGGAUGUAUUAGGUAUUUGUGACAUGGUUUGAAGCUGACGUGAGGUGUUUGAUGAUGUGCGACCUCCUGUCUCGCUCCCUCUCUCUCCCAAAGCCACUUCUACAAGCCCCUGCUGAAGUGUGGAGUCAGUAAGUGGCUCGGCCAAUCAGCAGUGUUCUUGGCUUCAGCCUUCUUUCAUGAGGUAAGGUGCUCUGCUCUUAGCCGGGUGAAACCAGACUGACCGCUGCGCACAUGUUUAGUAUCCCUUUUGAAGUGAAACAGAAUGUUAGCUUUAUCAGGCUGGUGUUUAAUGAGGAUACUCUGCUCCUACUACAGCUCAUAUCAUCACUGUCUGACGAAAACAUCUAAUCGCCAAAACAGAAACUUUUCAAGAAAUUAUAAAAAUAACCAUGUUUUCCCAUGAACUAACAUAGAAUUAUGACACUUAGAAGCUAUUUUGAAUACAUUUUCUUGGUCCUAAAGUCAUGAACUGUUCAGAGUACAUUGAGGUUAGUUACCACUUUCAAUAAAUGUAAAACCAUUUAAAUUGGAAAAAUUGAGUUACAAUUUUUUCAUCAGACACCGACGAUAUACAGUAUUUAUACCAUUUGUGAAGAAAUCCUGCAUUUUAUCGGAAUACAGUUUCAUAAGUGCUGAGAUUGCUAGUCAGUUGAUACUUUAAAGGCCACAGAUAUAGUUAUUGCUUGACAGUACAGUGGCAAUACUGCACAGUGUCUAUACAUUUAAAAUAGGGCCCUUUCUGGGGAUAUUUCCCCAUUGUCCAGACACACACACACACACACACACACACACACACACACGGGUGCGCUUGGCUCAUAUCCAGCACUCUUCAUCAUUGACGAAGGUCAGUGUUGGAGGGACGGUAGUGUAGCUGGGAUGAGUGGAGGAGGAGGAGGAGGAGGAGGAGAGGAGUGUAACACAAGCCCAUAUCAGGCUACUGUGCUUCUGGAGGAGAAGAUAAGAGGACUGUACGGUGAGGAGCCUGUUCAGUCAGCAGGUUCACAGAGAUACGGCUCCCUCCCUCUCCCCGCCCCGGACAGACAGACAGACAGACAGACGGGGCUGCUGCUGCUGUUUUAAACGGUAACCUUCAGAGGACAGCGAGCGGAGCAGAGAGGAGCGGAGUGCCACAGGGCCCUGUGGGACACUAGUCCCCCCAUCUCCUCUGAGUAAUGACACACACACACACACACACACACACACACACACACACACACACGCACUCCCCUGAGUAAUGCCAUGAGGGAUCUCAGGAGACUGGGAUCUGUAGAUCAGAGGGUCAUACAGCAGGGUUCUGUCAGCUCCCCAUCACUCAGAGCAAUGAGGUGAGGCUUGAUAGUCAUCCAGCAGUCAUUCCACAGGUUCGCUAUCUGUCUGUUACCUCAGUUCUCUUUAUGUCCUGUACAAACUGGGUGUCAUUCCAUAGGUUAGCUGUCUGGAGUAGAGACAUUAUUUUCCUGUUCGCUGUGGAUGAAGGAGAUGGUUGUGUGGGAAAACUGUUCUUGAAAACUAAAACCUAAUGUUGCUGAUGUUGUCUUCACAGUACCUGGUCAGUGUUCCACUGAAGAUGUUGAGACCAUGGGCUUUUAUGGGCAUGAUGUCUCAGGUGAGAUGUUGGAAUGGAGAAAUGAUCAUCCAGAAGCUUAUUGUCUGAAGAUGUUUUUGACUCAUUAAAAUGAAUGUUGUGUUUGUUUACUCAAUGAAUGGAGUCUUUGGCUUUACAGCUUCCGCUGGCCUGGUUUGUGGCCCGUUUUCUCCGAGGUAACUAUGGCAACGCAGCCGUAUGGAUCUCUCUCAUCAUUGGCCAGCCAAUCGCCGUGCUCAUGUACGUCCACGACUACUAUGUACUUCACUACCGAGACGGGUCAGCAGGGGGGUGGACCUGA